CGCCAACAUACUAUUGUUAUCAUUGAAGACUGAAGAUUCCAUCAACAACCAUCCGAAAUUCAUUUGUAGGUGGUCUAAAAGCGUAACUAGAUCUUCACAAAAAUCCUUAUUGUAUGAGUUAAAACUUGUCAAAAGACUCACUGUCUGUACCAAUAAAGGCUAAGAUUAACGCGGAAGCUGCUCUGUACUCGCACGUCCAAUCGGUAUUGAAUAUGGGAUUUAAACUUUGAGCUUCGAGAAGCGAACUAAAUAAAGCUGGCGAAACACUUAACGGAAACUCAUGGCUUACCCAUCUGACAGUCAGCUUCUGACUAAAAUAGAGAAAAUUCUACAGGAUGCCGAUCUUUCCCAAGUUACGUCGAAAAAAGUUAGGUCGGCAUUAGAGGCUCAUUUCAACAUUGAUUUGUCCGCCGAAAAAUCCAAGCUGGAGACUAUGAUAAUGUCCACAUUGGAGAAAUUACAGUCUUCGAAGUCACAGAACAGGAAUAACAGUAAACGCAGCAGUAGUCCUGAGGUAGAUGAAUUUACAGAAACUGACGCGAGCUCAGAUAGUGAGCCUGAAAAGCCAGUAAAAAAGAAGAAAAAGAAAACUUCAGAUGACGAAGAUUAUGCCCGGAGUUUGCAUGCUGAAGCUAAUGGUAUGAGGCGAAGAAGCAGUUCCAGCACCAAACCAAGAUCUCAAAAGCAACCCGGCAGCGGGAAAACAGGUUUUACACGUCCCUUAACAUUAUCUGACGAGAUGGCUGAGUACAUUGGUAAGAAAGAACUGUCCCGUUCUGAUUUAGUCAAAAAAUUCUGGGAAAUCGCUAGAGAACAAGAUUUAUUCGACCCAAACAAUAGGCAGUUUGUCGUGUGUAAUGAAGAUUGGCAAAGAUUGUUCAACCUUAAACGUUUUCGUAUGUUCGGAGUUGCAAAGCAUUUAAAACGACAUAUAAUUGGGUAACUUUUUAUAAAACUAAUUUCAUCAUAAGUAUAUUUGCCAUGUACCUCAGACAAUGUAAAUUUAUGCAUAACCUGAUGUUUUUCGUCAGGCCUAUUUCAAAUAAAUUCCUGCUGAAAGAUAUAUAUUUCGAAAUUUAUUUCAAUAGCAUAUUUAAUAUAUUGUGAGGAUCUGUGCAUUUUCCAAAACUUAUUUUAUCCUAUACAUAUUAUUUCACAAUAAAACGGCGUGCACCAUUAA